GUUUUUCGACAUGUCAUUUUAAAUCAGCCACACAACAGUUUAGUUGAAGUAAAUACUAAUAUUAAAAUAAUAAUUUAUUAUGCUGUUAUGCUUAUCGUAUGCGAAUUCGAGGAAAAUGUUUCCACACUUUUACUCUAACGAGACCAGAUUUUAUUAUGAAGAUUGAGGAAAGUUUAGAAGCAUAAAAACAUGGCUAAUAUACAACUAUGGUGACUUAGUAAACAUAGUUUUAAGCUACUUUAAAUGGAAUCUUCCUUUAUUGUCCUGACCUUCUUCAACAGACUAAAUUAUUAGAUAAAAUUGGCAUAGAAAAAAAUGUCCGGCCAGACUAAUGAACAAAAAGAUUUAACCUCAGGUUCUGAUAAUCAGGUUGUUGCUGAGUUAAAAGAUGGACGAUUGCAGAUUGUAGAAGUAGAAUAUAAUGACAAUGCAGAGGUAGGUGAGAGCUCCAAUGGCAGCAGCAGUCAUAAAUAUGUGGAGGUGAUGGACUCCUCUGGCAAGAAUGUUCUGCUAGAUCUGCUUAACAUGACCAUUGUCAGGCCACAGGAAGGCGAGGAUUUGUUUCAUCUAGUCCCCAACGAUGAAGAUGGAGAGGCAGACACUGUGACCUGUAUACUUGCUGAUGAUGAAGAAGAAGAUGGUGAACAGUACAUAGUAGUAGAAGGCCAAGAUGCUCCAAUGGUUUUCCUUAAGGCUGACAACAUUAAGAAUGAACAGCCACCGGAUCAUCAUCCGCUGCCGGACAACAAGAUGGAUGAUAACUAUUUGUAUGAGGAUACGCAGGAAGAGGAUGCCAAACCAUCUCCGACACAGAUAUUGAACAGGCUGAAGGCAAUUCAAAAGUCAAAGGCGCUAUUGAUGCAGCUGUCGCGCGGCAGACGCGGCCGGAAGCGAUUAAGCGCCCUGCCAACACCACAGGAAAUGCUGACUUCGCCCAAUUUCAAGUUGUAUCUGUACUCUUGCAAGAUGUGUGCCUUUAAGUGUAACGCUGUCAAGGAACUUAGCGCUCACAAGGCGAAGGAGCACGCAGGAGCUGUGAAAGGGGACGGCAGGUGGAAGAGUGGCAGACCAGCAUCUCGGAUAGCGCUGCAGUGCGGUCGAUGUCCUUAUCGAGCCAUCACGCACGCAGAGCUCAGAACACACUUGACGCUCUCGCAUACAGGGAGCAGGGACGAGGAUGAUGAAUCCGAGAAUAAGGUAGACCUGAGCAGUGCGGAGGUGGAGGCAGCAGAUGUGCUGGUCUGCGGAGCGUGUGGAUACGAGUCCUCGAAUAAAGCGCACUUUAAGGACCACAUAGUUGAGGAACACGGCGCCGUGGCUUGUUGACCUUCCAUCAGCUCAGCAACUUGGCACGAUCAUACCUACUGCUUUAGCGGUACUGCCGCUAUAUCUAUUUCUGCCGCAAGAUAGGCAUUUGUACUGUUGGUUUUCGGUUUGAACGGUGUGAAAACCGGUGCAUGAUCACAUUAUUAAAAGAUGAAAGAAUAAGUGGUUUGAAAAAUAUUUAUUUAUUGGUUUCCAAACAACAUACAUGUAUUAAACUUUACAAAAUAACUACUUAAGGUAGAUAAUGAUUAACAUAUAGGUACGUCAAUUAAAUGGAAACACUUAUGAUGGUGUGAUAUAUAACUAAAACAAAUAAAAUCACGACUUAGGCAAAAGGCAAAAAAAAAGAGUGUGUGUCAGCUCCGACUGGAGUUUACUCCUCAAGAACGAUUCUCUUUGAACAGGUACUAAUCAAAAGGACUUUGAUCCAAUGGAGUCCGUUACAAACAGACAUACAGCAGAAGCUAAUAAAAGCUUAUUAAUUAAACAAAUAAAUCCUUAACGCUCAAAAUAUGUCAGUAAAUGCCCAAACACAUCUGUUAAAAGCGGAACUCAAAAUUCCAAUUUUAAAAGGUCCAUCAAGGAAGUUACAUUUUGGCAUACUUCUAAUAGGUAUAUUAUACUACAUGCUUAAGCUAUCACGCAAUAUACUGUGUAUGCUGGCUACACACAAGUAUAUAUACGCACACACACACACACACACACAACUGAAAAGUAAAAGGUGCCCGAGAAAUGAUGCGCACCAAAAACGUUACUAUCCCAUUUAAUGAGUAGGUUUUACUCUCCAUAUUUUUCUCAUACCGGGCGCCUUAUAUGAAAAUCGAUUCUUAAGGAGUAAACUCCAAUACAUGUUAUAACUGAUAAAAAAAUUAAGUACAAAAAUUUAAAAUACAAAUAGGAAGUUAAAUAUUAUCCAAAAUUUUAUAACAUAGAUUGAGCCUAAACUGAUGCACAUUUUAAAAUGCACAAAUUAUAAGCACGUAAAGAUAAGCUAAAUCGCUGAAGUUACUAAAUAUGUGUUAGUGAUUCAAUUAUUUUAAUAAAUAUCCCCGUGUUGAUAUAAACAAUCAUGUUAAUACCGUAUGGUCGAUAAAAUUAAAACGUGGCAGUCGGCCAUCUUGACAGAACGACCAAUCAGAGUGAAUUACGUCACGGCUUAGUAGUAAGCACUGUGUAACUUGAAAUGUUAAAGAUAAUAGUGGACGUUCCUUAUCACUUAUUAGUUAUACAUGUGAUUAAUAUAAAAAUGGUUUAUUGAUAUUUUUGCAUUCAUUUAAUUAUGUUUUCAAAUCUUGAUAUCAUAUAGUUUAUACAAAUAAAAAUUGUAACCAAAAUUGAUAAACGAUGCGGGACUCGAACUCACGGCCGUAUCGGGCUCCGUCCGAGCGCUCUGACCUACUGCGCCAAUCGUUCGAGUGAUAGUUUGUUCAUAAAAUUUGGUUGCAAAUUUCAUUUAUAUAAUUGAUCCCAGAAGUGCGGCAUAUCACUUUAAAAAAUAACAAACUGUAUUUUUUUUAUUUAACUCAAAACUAAAGCGAACGGAACGCGUGUACUUACGUGUUUGACAUUUUUUUAAUAUCUUUGUUACAUCCUUGUCAAUGUUACAACUGUUCGUUUCUUAUAAGCGCCUGUAGAUUUUUAUGCGCAAUUAUAAACUCAAACGUAUACAAACAAACAACGUUUGCGUCUUGUCUGUUGGAAUUACAAGUUCUUUGAGUUUUAUUAUUAUAUAUUAUUAGUACUUAUAGCAAUUUAAAAAGCAAAUAUUUACGAAUAUAAAAGACCUAAAAUCGUUCGUGUACAAUAAAUUCGAUAGGUAUGCCAAUGUCUAUAGGGAAAUUGGCCGAAUCCUUUAAAUUAUCACGAAAGUGCAUUAUAUUCGCGAUAUUAAAUAAUUAUAUUGUGAAGCAAACAUUAAAAUAUCUAUGUCCUUAAAAACUCUUUGGGUAAAAAUUGUCCAAUAAUAUUUAAAAUAGUACUUCAAGAUCUAUCCAAAAAAAGAAGAUAGGAGAAUGAAUGAAUUACACAUAUUCCAACCAAAUUCGUUAUGCAACAUAAUAUACUUUUAAAUGUAUUAUAUUGUAAAUAAGUAGUAUAUUUUUAAAUGUAUUAUAUUUUGUUUACAUAUACCUAGUUUUAUUUAUUAUUAUUAUUAAAAAUAGAUACUAUAAUCGGGUGAAGUUGUACUACACCUGUAAAGGCAAAUUUUCGAAUGUUCGAUAUUACUUUUACAAAACAAUAUAGCGCAUUUGCCUAUUUCUGUCAUAAUGUUUCAUUUCGACUAGAUGGGUAUAAUGUAGCAAGAUGGGUAAUGGUGAACACGAACAGUGGCUAAUUCGUCUAAUGUCGCGUCUGAUAAAGACUGACUAGUUAAGAUAGCGAUAUAGAUGUUAUUAUAUUCUAUUGAGAAACUCAUUAAAACUUACAAAAAAGAGUAAUUUAACUUAAUCUUUUAUUAGUUUAAAUAAGGACUUAUAAGAUGAUUUAGUUUACUUUUUAGUACUUAUCUGCUGUAUGUAAAUAAAAUAAAGAUUAUAUUUGU